GAGAGAGAGAGAGAGCAGACUGAACGCAACUGUUGUUUUAAUCCUCUGAGCGGAUAGAUUUAGAGGGAAAAGUCCUGGUUUGGAGAAGAGCAGCCAUAUUGCAUGGAGCUUCGGUGGAAGAGCACGACUCACCGGAGCAGGAAUCCGCUCACUCUUACCGCGCACUUUACCGGCUCAUUUGACCUUCUCCUAUUUAUUAUUUACUGAUUUUAUUUUUAAGAUAGUGUUAACCCAUAUAUUGAAAGAUGAAGGACCGACUGGAGCAACUAAAAGCGACAUGCGAUCAUGAUGAUGAUGAUGUUGAGAUCGCCGUGGACAACGCUGCCUUUAUGGAUGAGUUCUUCUCCCAGAUUGAAGACAUCAGGAACAGCAUUGAUAAGAUCGAUGAGAAUGUGGCUGUAGUGAAGAAAAUUUACUCAGUUAUUCUUUCUGCACCAACAUCAGACCAGAAAACGCAGGAUGAUUUGGAGUCGCUUACUAACGAUAUCAAGAAAAUGGCCAACAAUGCUCGUAACAAACUGAAGACCAUUGAAAGGAAUCUCGAGAUGGAAGAAGUGGAGAGAGUAUCGGCCGACUUGAGAAUACGCAAAUCACAGCACGCCGUACUUUCCAGGAAGUUUGUUGAUGUGAUGACCAAAUACAAUGAAGCUCAGGUGGACUUCAGAGAGAAAAGCAAAGGUCGCAUUCAGAGACAGUUAGAGAUCACUGGUAAAACCACAACUGAUGAGGAGCUGGAGGAGAUGCUGGAGGGAGGAAACACAGCCGUUUUCACAGCGGGGAUUGUGGAUUCAGGGAUCUCUAAACAAGCGCUGAGUGAGAUUGAAGCGCGUCACAAAGACAUUGUGCGUCUGGAGAGCAGCAUAAAGGAACUGCACGACAUGUUUGUGGACAUCGCCAUGCUGGUGGAGAGCCAGGGCAACAUGGUUGAUAACAUUGAGGUGAAUGUAGGUAAAGCAGUCGAUCACGUUGAAGCGGCAAAGACUGAAACCACGAAAGCAGUCAGGUAUCAGAGUAAAUCCCGGAAGAAGAUGAUCAUACUGGGUGUGAUUGGUGCUGUGGUGCUCAUCAUCAUCCUCAUCGUCAUCCUCACACAGGUUCUAUGAAAACCUCUGUGGCUGCUCACAAACUCUCCAUUAUUACAGAUGAUCAUUUCCUCCACUCCUUUUCAUCCUCCCUGUUUUUCCUUGGAAGUACGUCAAGACAAAUGCUCCGCCCCCUGCACCUGUGGCCCCUCCCUUCAUCAGCACAAACCAAUGGGAAACCACUCUGCUGGAACCCGAGUGACGGUCAAGGAAACAGACUGUGUUUUUUUGUUGUAAGGACGUGAUGGGAAAUGUUUAAGGAACUUCUACUACAUGCAAGGAAUGGCGUUUGAAGGAAGCGCAUUUUAAAUACAUGUACAAAUCCAUGAGCACAAAAUAAGGGACUUUUAUGAGACUCACAAGGGGAAGUUAACCUCCAUUUUAUUCCUUAAUGUUUUUAUUGUAUUGUGUGUUCAUAAGACACAUCAAUGUCUACAUCUACUGGAUGAGCUGCUGUUCUUGAUCAAAAGGGCUCAGACACACAGAUGUGAUUUCAGCUUCUAUUUUGGAUCCCUGUGAAAUGAACACAAUAAGCUAAGCAUUGAUGAGUCGUCCAGAACGGAAGAAGCCCACACGAGUAGAUUUUUAUUGUGAUGAACGUCUGUAUGGGAAUUAACCUAAGGAAUAAAUUACAUUAUAUAUUUUCUAA